GCAGCAUGGUUAGUAGUAUCAGGAGAAGGAUACCCAAACCCAGCAAUCCAGCGGCCGCAGAUGGAUCCAAACGUAGGAGUUUGACGGCCGACCUUGGAAAUACAAUCAACCGCACCAUCAAAGGCGCCGGCAGAACCGUCGGAGGGGGAGUAGAGAAGGUGGCCAAAGGUCUGUCCUUGCCGAGUUUGCGCUCUAAUAAUACCUCACCCAGUGCAUCUGCCGAUGAACUCCCACAACUGCCAACUGAAAUGUGCACCGCGCCGACCGGGGAGAAGGAGAAGAAGUUCCUGCGCAAACGCAAUCACAUGCGAAUAGCCACCAUCCUCUACGAUCGACAGCACAAGAAAGACUCUCCCGUCGCAAUCACAACUCCCCGAGCUGCCGAGAACGAACCAGAUUUUGACUUGUCGUUUGCCGGGUAA